AUGCAAGAUGUAGUACUUAUCGAUGAGGAUACUGUUAAGGUUAAGCCUACUCAUCAUGAGGAAGCAACGGGAGGUGUUGAACCCGCUUCUCCUGGUGAGAGUGGUGCUGAAAGUCAAGAUGGUGCUACUCUUGGUGGUAGAGGAGGUGGUAGUGAUGGGUCAAUUCCAGUAACACCUGUUGCUGCCGCACGCACUAACAAGAUUGACCUCCCCACCCCAUACCUUCCUUUAAUUCCUUCGGUGACUGGUAUCCUUGUUAUGAGUUACCUCCUUUGGAAGUACUUUGGAAUGCUUGAUAAGAGAAGAAAACGUUACAGAAGGGCUCCUCAGAUACGUGGUCCCUCCUUAGAACAGCAGAUUGUUGACCAUGUGGACCAACCUGGUCCACGUGAAUAUUACAUUGUGAAGGAACGCAAACCUCGUUCUACACCUAUAGAGAAGAGGAAAAAACGUGCUGUCGGUCGUCGUGGUGCUGUACGUCGCCGCAUGAUUAUUGAUAUUCAUUUAGAAGUCUUAGACGAAUGUCAAAAGGGGGACACGAAACUGGUUCAGGAAGACUUUUUUGAAAUUUUAGUUCAAGAAUUUAUGGGAAGCGAAUUUAUGAAAGAGGAAAGUGUUCUAAAGGAACAAGUUCCUCUCAUAGAUGUUCCUAAGGAACAGGUUCCAAGUUCAGAUUCCGGGUUUAGGGAACGAAGACUUUGUUCUGGAGGAGGAUGUUCCUGA